GAAUUACGUUAUCCGACACAGUUAUUGGGUCCAACUGACCUCUAUCAGGACGCUGCCUUUGUGUCAGUUGCUUCUUUAAGGAAGCUUAACUUUGGCCUUCAAUCUAGUGCCGCUGUACAGCAAAGUGCUUCUUUAUUGUGA